GUUUUUUAUUUCCUCGGAUGCGGCUACGGCCCAUCCCCCACCGCACCUCCUCCCCCAUCUCCUCCCCGCCCCGGGAGCCGGCCGAGGUCUGUGCGUGCCCGGCUUGCGGGGAGAGAGCCCUGGGCACCUGCAGCUGAAAAUGCAACCUGGCUGCACGCCCACGCCGCGGCACCGGCAAGAGAUGCUUGAUACGUGCAUGCCCUGAAAUGCAGCAACGCAAAGACCCGCGGGGACGGAUUAAAACGUUGCAUGGGCCGGAGGCCACGGGGCAGCCUUUCUGGGCUCACCUGAGCAGCGAGUGUCUGCGGAGAAGAAAAAAAGGAGGAAGGGAAGGUCUGCUCUUGCUGGGGUCUACCGGUGUUCCCUGUCACCAUUCCCGCAACUUUGUCUUCAGGGGUGAACACCCCACUGGUCCUGAAUGCCACCUACAGGUCCCACCGUCAUGGGGCUCUAAAGUCCAUGUGGCUAACAACUCUGAACCAGGUAUUAAGAAAGAUGCAGAGGCGGCACAGCAGCAACACUGAGAGCGCACCCCCUGAAAGGAACCGAAGCCAGACCCUCAGCUCUGAGACCAGUGUGGAUGAAGGCGGUGUCUUCGAAGGUCUGAAGCUCGAAGAUUCUUCCCCUCCACCCAUCUUCUCUGGAUUAGCAGGUCUGCAGUCAGGUACCCUCUCAGCCACCCCGUUCCAGUCAGGCUUGGUUCUGGGCUCAUCCCCUGGAGGUGGGGAGGUUUUCAUACAGAUGCCGGCUUCCCGAGAAGAAGGGACCAGCCGGGGAGAGAGCGGGACCUUCCACCACCGACCAGCCUCCCAUCACUUCCACCAUGGCCACCACCGGGGAAGCUCCCUGUUGCACGUGGGUAGUGACCGGCAUGGACAUGGGGAAGAAGGUGGUGAAGACCAGCCAGGGACGCCGGCCCCAGCCCUCUCAGAACUCAAGGCGGUGAUCUGCUGGCUGCAGAAGGGGCUUCCUUUCAUCUUAAUCCUCCUGGCUAAACUAUGCUUUCAACAUAAGCUAGGCAUUGCUGUGUGCAUCGGGAUGGCCAGCACAUUUGCCUACGCCAACUCUACCCUCCGUGAGCAGGUGUCUCUGAAGGAAAAGAGAUCAGUCCUGGUCAUCUUCUGGAUUUUGGCCUUCCUGGUGGGGAAUACCCUUUAUGUAUUGUAUACAUUUAGCUCCCAACAGCUGUACAACAGCCUCAUCUUCCUGAAGCCCAACCUGGACAGCCUGGAUUUCUUUGACCUACUAUGGAUCGUGGGAAUUGCUGACUUCAUGCUGAAAUACAUCACCAUCGCCCUCAAGUGUCUCGUCGUGGCCCUGCCCAAGAUCGUUCUGGCCGUCAAGUCCAAGGGUAAGUUCUAUUUGGUGAUUGAGGAGCUGAGCCAGCUGUUCCGGUCACUCGUUCCCAUCCAGCUGUGGUACAAAUACAUCAUGGGCGAUGACCCCUCCAAUAGCUAUUUCCUAGGAGGGGUCCUCAUCAUCCUUUACAGCCUUUGCAAGUCAUUUGACAUCUGCGGCCGGCUGGGUGGAGUAAGGAAGGCCCUGAAGCUUUUCUGCACUUCUCAGAACUAUGGAGCUCGGGCCACAAGCCAGCAGUGUGCUGAGGCUGGUGAGAUCUGUGCCAUUUGCCAAGCUGAGUUCCGGGAGCCUUUAGUCCUGAUGUGCCAGCAUGUAUUCUGUGAGGAGUGUCUCUGUCUUUGGUUCGACCGGGAGAGAACUUGCCCUCUCUGCCGCUCAGUUGCCGUGGAAACCCUGCGAUGCUGGAAGGAUGGUACCACCUCCGCCCAUUUCCAGGUGUAUUAGGUAAAAAGACUUUCAUCGAUGGAAGGGUGGAAAGACCCUAGAGGAGCAGAGACGUUGGAAAAAGUCCCUGGAUCUUUAUCCCAUGUCAGUCUCAUUUAAUUGGUCUGUCCCCAGCAUGGCCUUCUGUCCUUAGCCACGCUCUGUGAAGAAUGUGCUGUUGAAUAGUUACAACUAUGGGUCCCUUCUGUGGGACUUUGUUUA